GUUCGCGAAGUGAAGCUCCGCAUGUGGUCCUGAUGCCCCUUCACUCUCCUCAACAACGAAAUCCCUCUUCUCAAUUGCCAGAAUGAACGAACAAGUUGCUGCCUUUGAUUGUAGUGACAUGCAAAGAGCGAAUCCACACCUCUCUGUCCGGCGCACCCGUGACCCUCCCAAGAACAAAGAAGGCCAAAUCUUCUGCGACCACACUGAUUGUCAGGCUUCGCCGCCUACUUUCCGCCGCCGUUGUGAAUGGAACAAACACAUGGAUAAACACGAUCGGCCUUACAAGUGCUACGAACCAGAUUGCGAAAAGAUUCAAGGCUUUACCUACUCUGGCGGCCUCUUGCGCCACCAGCGCGAAGUCCACAAGAAGAACAACGAGACCAAGAAGCCCAUGAUGUGUCCCUAUGUCGAUUGCAACCGCAGCACCGGCAAGGGAUUUACGCGCCAGGAAAAUCUUCGAGAGCACUUGCGUCGUCGCCACAUGCACAGGGAGGAGGGUGCAACAGCCCCAAUUCUUGUGGACAUGCCAUGGGAGCGCGCCAAGGAUGUAGAGGGCGUUCGCGCUAAUUAUGUCCCGGCCACUGGUCUCAAGCGCAGACGUGAUUCGUCCGAUGGCGGCCUCCCCGUUUCCCAUAAGAAUAGCGGUGAUCUUUACAACGAAGUCGAGCGGCUGCGUCGCGAGGCAAAAGAGAAAGAUCGCCGCCUCAGGCAGCUAGAGCGCAUCAUUACCGAUCUCCAACGGGCCAUCCAUCCCCCGCUCGCGCUCGACCACGACGCUCAGCCUGACGACAGAACUACCUCGGAAGCCCAAAUUGGCUGAGUAGCCGGCGAGGAUUAAUACUAAGUAAAUGAAGCGUUUCAUCAGACAACAUGACGCUAUAAAUAUGUUCCUAUAUUCCAUACAUGUGUUCACGGUUCGCUCUCCG